UAAUUAUAUGCAGAUAUGCAUGCAACCUUGGUGGAGCUAGUCAUAGUGAUAUUUAUUUUGUUUAAACAGGUCUUAGCUCUUCGUGGAUCUUAUCAUGGUGAUACUUUGGGUGCCAUGGAAGCACAAGCACCAUCAUCUUAUACAGGUUUCCUCCAGCAACCAUGGUACACGGGAAGAGGGUUUUUUUUGGAUCCUCCAACUGUCUUUAUGCAAAAUGGUGUUUGGAAACUCUCUCUUCCUGAAAGGAUGAAUCCUGAAAAAGUGAAAGUAGAAGAUACAUCCUUCAGCUUGCGCGAUGAAAUAUUCUACAACAGCAGGGAUGGGUCAAGUCUGGCUGGUAGUUAUUCAUCUUAUAUAACUCGAGAGUUAUCACUACAUUCAGGAUUAAGAGGUUUUACACAUAUUGGAUCAUUGAUUAUAGAACCAGUUAUACAAGGUUCAGGUGGAAUGUUGAUGGUUGAUCCGCUUUUCCAACGUGUACUUGUUAAAGAAUGCCAGAGUCGGAAGAUUCCAGUUAUCUUUGAUGAGGUUUUUACUGGUUUCUGGCGUUUGGGAGUGGAGUCUGCUGCAGAACUACUUUGCUGUCAACCAGAUAUAGCCUGCUUUGCAAAACUGAUGACUGGUGGAAUUGUGCCAUUGGCUGCCACAUUGGCAACAGAUGCUGUUUUUGAUGCAUUUGUUGAGGAUUCCAAGCUCAAGGCUCUGUUGCAUGGACACUCGUAUACUGCGCAUGCUAUGGGGUGUACAGCAGCAGCUAAAUCCAUAAAAUGGUUUAAGGACACUCAAACAAAUUUCAAUUUAAUUUCUGAAGGAAGGUUGUUGAAGGAGUUAUGGGAUAUGGGUCUAGUGCAGCUGAUCUCAUCGCAUCGAACAGUCCAUAGAGUGGUUGUAUUGGGAACACUAUGUGCCCUAGAACUUCGAGCGGAAGGCUCUAACAUUGGGUAUUAUCUCGUAACUUCUACUUUGUGACAUUUUCAAAUAUUAUGUUCUAGGAAAUAUUCUCAUGGGUUACUGGUUGACACCCUAGCUUCCAGCGAUUUUGACAAAUUUUUGUGGAGGGUCUAUUGUAAAAAUUGUUAACAUGAAAGACAUGUUCUUCCAGCGAUUGUAAAAAUUCCAGCGAUUUUUACAAAUUUUUGAGGAGGGUCUAUUGUAAAAAUUGUGAACAUGAAAGACAGGUUCUUCUUGGUUGUGUUACUAUUGAAUAAUGUGUUUCGGAAAUAUUGGGAUGGUUAUAAUCCUAUGUUUCUCUGGCUAUGAAAGUACAAAUACUUCUAGAAGGGAGUCAUAUCUGUAUUGUAUCUGUAUUGGAUACUGAUAUGUAUCAGAUGCUUCCUAAAACAUAUCCGAUACUUGAAAUUAAUUUUCUUUAAUUUUGAGAAAUAUCAAAUAUAGGUCAUGUAUCAGAACUACUAUGAAAUUGAUAUUGUAAUUAUUCUUGCAUAGUUGUAGUCUGUAGAGUAUAAUUAUUAGUUUAAAUAGAAAAAUAGUUUUACAAUACUUAGCUUAGAGAACAAUAAAAUAUCAUGAUACUAUAGUCCGAUUCCAACAAUGAAUCAAAACUAGUAAACUUGCGUACUACAUUUUAGCAUAUUACACUUUUAGGUGUGAAAAGUUAAAGGACAAUGUAAACAAUUUAAACUUGAUAUUAAAAUGAAAUUUUUAUAGGACCUGCUAAAAACAUAAUAAAAAAGUGUUUGUUUGAGAGAGAAAAACUUAGAGAAUGAUAAGACAAUCAUCCCUUUUUAUAUUAAUAAUAGGUAACUUACAAUGGAAGCCCUGGAAGCAUAAAUAAGGAAAUAACAUAACAAGGAAAUAACAGCUAAUAGAAUAAUCAAUACACAAUAACCAAAGAUAUUAUUCUAACACUCCACCUUGAACUGGUGCGAAGAUGUCUUUCAUACCCAGCUUGCCAAGCACAUCAUGGAAUGGUUUGCUUCCAAUUCGCUGGGUGAGAAUGUCUGCUAGUUGUUCACCAGACUUCACAAAAGGAGUACAUAUAGUGCCACAGGUGAGUUUCUCCGUAAUGAAGUGGUGAUCAAUCUCCACAUGUUUCGUUCAGUUAUGCUGAAUUGGAUUGUGAGCUAUGUUAAUAGCAGCCUUAUUGUCAUAGUACAAUCGCAUGGAAUCAGUAUGACUAAUUCCCAGAUCACUUAGCAGCAACUUGAUCCACAAUAGUUUACAUAUAUCUUGAGUCAUGGCUCUAUACUCGGCCUUUGCACUAGAUCGGGCGAUUACAUUCUGUUUCUUACACUUCCAAGUAACCAAAUUACCUCAACAAAGGUAUAAUGACCAGAUGUGGACCUUCUAUCAGCUACUGAUUCUACCCAAUCAACAACUGUAUAAGCUCUCACCCAAAGAUGAGCGACCCUUUCCUAGAGAAGAUUUUAAGUAUCUAAGGAUGCGCAUUACUGCAACCAAGUGUCUCACGAGGAGCAUGCAUGAACUGGCUAACCACACUAACUGCCAUGACAAUGUCAAAACGAGAAUGAGAUAAAUAAAUGAGCUUAUCCACUAGUCUUAGAUAACUCCCCCUAUCAACAAUAGCUCCCCCACUAUCAUUAUUAAGUUUUUGAUUUAGCUCUAGUGGUGUAUCAUAAGCUUUACUCCCAAGCAUCCUGGUUUCUUUCAACAGGUCAAGAACAUAUUUUCUCUGACAGAAGAAAAUUCCAUCCUUGGACCAAGUAACUGUUAGCAUAUUAUAUUAGCCGAAAGUUUCACUAAGGUCUGUCUGUAAUCAUUUUGUGCCCUCAGGGAUUAUCUUGUAAUUGACUCUCUUGUAAACCCUAAUCUUCAUUUUAUAAAUAGGGGGUGAUAUUCUAUCACACCCUUAAGUUGGUUACUCGAGCUUCA